GAGUACGUAUUGUGAAACUGACUAUAUUUCGCAGUUACGGGGUUGAAACAUAAGGAACAGGUAGUCUGAAUUAUUGCGAUAAACGUUACUUCCCACCCUGAAACUGAAAAUUUAAGUUCAAAUUAGAUAUAUCUAUCCUUGCUCUUACAGCCUCGCGUGUUUCAUGAUGAAUGACAACGUUAAUGCUUUUAAAUCGCAUUUAAUAAUUGAGUGAACUUAACUUACCUUGUGUCUUCCCCAUGAUUUAAAAUCUGUGUAAAUUCAAAACAUUUAACAUGUAACGUUACAACAUAUACGUUUUUUUUCCCUUGGUCACAUCAGCACAAGGAAUCGCAAAUAUGACGAGUGGUGAUUUUACUCAGGUGACCGCUGCGAUCCAAUCCGGGUUUUUGGUCAAACCACAUGACACGAAUGCAGAAGCAGUGGAUAGGAAAUAGACAUUUAUUAAUCUUUGACAUUAAUGAACGGGACAACGAAUCAUCUACACGGAUUAUAUGAUAAGAAUUAUUUAUUCGAUAUACACGUGUAACACGUUUGCAUAAAUACACAUUUGAGAUUUAGUUGUUAGUAAAAGCGUUGUUUUCCUAGUAGUAGCCUACUAUAUUUUCCUGAACUUCCACUGUUCUAGCCACGAGGCUGUGCUGCAUGGCAAAUUGAGCUGUCGAAAUCAACACAAAUGUCUUAUUUGAGCCAUAAUUGCCUAUAUAGGGUGAAUUCAGGUUGAUUGGGACACUUUUCCCUGUCAUUUCAAUAGCAAAAAGUGAUGUCCAGAGGGAAUAUUUGGUUUUAAUGACUGUACAAGUUAAAUCAAACCAUCGAAAUAUGAUGAAAAUAUUUUAAAUAGUCUAUUUUUAUAUAAUUUACCAACUUGGUAAGGUAUUUAUCUGGUAAAAUUUGGCAAAAAAAGCUACAGGUUUUAUUUUAUUAUGAAAAAAAAAGGAAAGAAAAUGCAUAGAAAAAACAAAAGCUCAGAAGAAAAAGCCUACGCCGACUACAACAAGAUCAUUUAUUAAUAUUUUAUUGGUUUUCUCUUGUUUUUGUAUGUGUUUAUAAUUUUUUUUGUAUGCCAAAAAUUAUGUCUACUGCACAAUUUGGCUUGUUUCAUUGCGUUAUCACAAAUAAAACAAUUGGUUCCAAGCACAAAUAUGCUUACAUAUUCUUUAAUAAUAUUUGAAUAAAGGGUUAAGAUGUAAGUUUUGGCCACUACUGUGUUCAUUUCACCAUCCAACAUGGAUUUGAACAUGCAAAUCAUUCAUCUCACCAUGUCACCAUGCGUGCACCACAACCUGCACGUUGUCAAGGGUUCCAUAUUUUCCUCAAUCAAAAUAAAUGUGGGAAAUUGUGAAUUGUACCCAAUCACUUAAUAUAGAUCUGAUGCAAGGACAGACACCCUGAAGAGAAAAUGAAUAAUUAGUUAUGAACGUUUUUGGCUGUUAUUCUUUCAAUUUAAAUUCAGCAUUCAUUGACACCAUAAAAUCAAAGAUUACUUUUUAAGUUCCUUAAAAUAUCCUUAUCCUUAAUAUGUGGAUUUUUUACUUAAGCUCCAAAUAAGCAGAUGUAAAAAUGGAUGGAUAUUUUUCUGCAUUUUUGAGUUAUUACUGCUUUGUUGUAAAGCGAGAACCUACGAAUUUCACUCAUUACAUAUGUGUACGGUAAUGUAAUUCAUUGGAAUAAAAUCAUGUAUUUGAUUAUACAGCUGUGAAUGCAAUCACGCAAUCCAUAAGCUGUUUUGUGAAAGUUUUUUUUUAUCUUAUAUAUCAUUAUAAAUUCAUUCACUUUUAUUGAUAGAUUUUUUCCAGAUCAAAAUUUCAAAAUCAAAAUCUACAUGGAAUUUUCCCUCAUGCCUGAACUAUAUUGAAAAACUGAUUCAGUAAUUCGAUUUGGGAAUGGGAAACAUUGGGUUUAUUGCAUUAUAAACUAUAGGUAUGCCUGUGUGUAUAGCCACGCUGUGGCCCUUGUCAAAGCAACCAUGCAACUCAGCAUUUUGCAUUGACCAUUGCACCAAAGCAAUCCAUUGAAUAUGUGCAGCUACAGAACAGUCUACUCAUCAAACAAAAGAAGGACCAUUGACAUCAUGCAUACACACAGUGAAAAGUCAGACACACCAGGGCCCCUGCCCUAACCAGUUCAAGUGUAUUUGUUUCAGGCACAGAGGAGGUAGCAUUUAAAGGAUUUUGCCACCAUCAACAAAAAAAGGGCAACAGAGGUUGUCCAUUUCUCUUUUGCCUCUUAACAUCUCUCUCUCCCUCUCCACUCUCUCACUCCCUCUUUCCCCACAGGAUAAGCAAAGAGGGAUUUGCCUCAGAAGCAACAAGUGUAUAUCUCCUUCCUGCAUAGUCACAGUGUGUGUCAGGAUGUACAGCUUUAUGGGCGGCGGCCUUUUCUGUGCCAUUGUGGGGAACAUCCUAAUAGUGGUCUCCACGGCGACAGAUUAUUGGAUGCAGUAUCGCCUCUCAGGCAGCUAUGCCCAUCAGGGCCUGUGGAGGUACUGCAUGGCCAACAAGUGCUACAUGCAGACAGCAAGUAUAGGAGCUCCAAAGUGGUCUAAUAAGAUGGCAUCUGAGAUUACGGGAGCUGUACUGUGGUUCGUUCAAGCAUACUGGAAUGCCACAAGGGCAUUCAUGAUCCUCUCAGGAAUGGCGUGCUUUGCGGGCAUCAUGGCAGGCAUCCUCUCAUUUGCCCAUUUUUCUGCCUUUGAGAGAUUCAGUCGUUCCUUUGCUGCAGGAAUCAUGUUUUUCAUCUCCACUCUGUUUGUGCUGCUGGCUAUGGCGAUCUACACUGGCGUAACCCUUAGCUUCCUGGGCAAGCGUUUCGGAGACUGGCGCUUCUCCUGGUCCUACAUACUAGGAUGGGUGGCCAUGCUCAUGACCUUCUUUGCAGGGAUAUUCUACAUGUGUGCCCACAGAAUGUAUGAAUCUAGGAGAGUGGUUGGAAGUCGCUAACCUGAAGCAAUUAAAACUGCAAGCAGCAGAAAGUUUUGGCCCGGAAAUCAUCAGGACCUUCAGCAGAUUUAUGAGGAAUGCUUUAAUGUUGUGCCUUAAAACACUACACUGCAAAACAUACACCAUAUCAAUAGCCUAAAAAGCAUUAAAGGACUUUUUUACACAUGCAAAUAUAUUUGUAUAAUUCUGCACAGAUAAAUAUACCAGUUUUCACAAAUGUUUAUUUCACUUUUCAUAUUUUUUUUCAAUAAAAAUCCACAUCAAAUCAAA